AUGGCUCAGAGUGGCAGAUACAGGAUUGAAUAUGAAACCGUUGAACCAAAAGCUUAUGUUUCCGUCAGCAUCUCCCAGCUGACCAAGUCUGACUCAGGGCGGUACAGGUGUGGUCUGAACAGAUCUCUGUCUUCAGAAUCAUUUGUCGAUUUUGAAGUCAUUGUUGUAGAUGCAAUACUGUAUGGAAAUCCUCCUAAAGUAAAAACCUUCCAUAAGACAACUGGAGAUAACAUCAUCCUUCUACGCUACUCUAUUCUCUCUGGAACCAGGAGGUACUUCUGUAAGGAACAAUGUGAAGACAAAGAUAUUCUUGUUGAAACAACUGGCGUCAGUGCUGAGAGAGAUAGAUACAGCAUCAGAUAUGAAAAAGAAUCUCCAUCAGGAGGAUUUGUGUAUGUCAACAUCUCACAGCUGACCAGGUCUGACUCAGGACUGUACAGGAUUGGUCUGAGCACAUCUUUCUCUCCGGAUCCUUACCAAGAGUUUAGGAUCGUUGUCACAGAUGGUUGGCUGCUGUAUUUGGUCGUGCCUGUUGGUAUCAUUGUCAUCAUCUCUGUGCUGACGCUGACGGUCAUCUGUAUUCGGAGGAAGUGCAAACCCAACGGAUUGAACACCGGAGAAAACUUGGACGGCAUCGACAUGAAGGUCGUCCCAGAAUGCGACUACGAGAACCUUUCUCCAAAUUCCAAAUACGAGGACUCCACAUACGAGAGCCUUGAUCCAGCCAGCAGGCAUUAGGAGCAAACCUACUCUACGCUCUCCCAAAUACAACACAGACGAGCUGGAAUCUGUAACUGUGCCUCAGGGGUCCAGGUUGUACUCAGUGUUUCUGUAUUUCCAGCGCAGUUCUUAAUGCCAUGUAUAUGUUGUUAAAUUGCAUUUAGUUGAUCUCUCUGGGCCACCGUACAUCUGUAGUCAAUGGAGU